AUUAAACUUUUUAUUUUAAUCCAAUCAAUCCUCUAGUUUGCUCAACUAGAUCCAUUUAUUUUCCCUUACGACACUUUCCUACUAACAGGGCUGCUGCGUACCAGCGUACCUAUCUCGAGUACGAAAUACAAACCCCACUGUCUAGGGCUUCUCUAGCCCACAACCGAAUUUCAUCAAGACCACUUUCUUCAACUUUCACCCUCCUGAUUGCAAGCGCUGCUCACGAGGCUCAUACCAUCUUACGCAAAAAGUCUCCCCAGAAUUUUUAUUGGCAACCUGUGAGACUUCAUAUCUGAGCGAAGAUGCGUAAGUUAAACAUACCCGACCUGUUCAAAUUUUCAGCCCACCUUCGAGCGACUGGUGGAGAGGUCGGUGCCUCAUCGGCGCUUGCCCCCAAGAUUGGUCCUCUUGGUCUGUCGCCGAAGAAAGUGGGAGAAGAUAUCGCUAAGGCUACUGGUGACUGGAAAGGCCUACGAGUCACCGUGAAGCUUACAAUCCAGAACCGUCAAGCCGCCGUUUCCGUCGUUCCCACGGCUUCCUCCCUCAUCAUCAAGGCCUUGAAGGAGCCGCCCCGUGACAGGAAGAAGGAGAAGAACAUCAAGCACUCGAAGAGCGUACCUCUCGACGAUAUCAUUGAGAUUGCUCGAACAAUGCGAUUCAAGUCUUUCUCAAAGGACCUAAAGGGAACUGUCAAGGAGAUCCUAGGAACGGCGUUCAGUGUGGGCUGCCAAGUGGACGGACGAAGCCCCAAGGAUGUCAGCGACGACAUUGAGAGUGGCGAGAUCGACAGUAAGUUUUGAUCAGUAUAAUUUUCCUCUUGUAAUGCUAGAUACUAACCUCG